GGAUAUGAUUGAGUAUCGAGGAGUCCAAAAAUUUAAGACAAAAUACGAAAUGAAAGUAGAUCGCUUUUUUUUCAUUCCUGAGGAAGUGCAUAUUUUACCCGAAUCCUCCGCCAUAAUGGUACAGAACUAUAGUAUCAUUGGAGUCGAUACACGAAUCACUUUAAAUAUAAGAAGCCAAGUCGGCGGGUUGAUCCGAGUGGAGAGAAAAAAAAAAAGGAUUGAACUCAAAAUAUUUUCGGGGGAUAUCCAUUUUCCGGACAAGACAGAUAAGAUAUCCCGACAUAGUGGCAUCUUGAUACCGCCAGGAAGGGGAAAAACAAACUCUAAAGAAUCAAAAAAUUUAAAAAAUUGGAUUUAUGCCCAACGGAUCACACCAACCAAGAAAAAGUUUUUUGUUUUGGUGCGGCCCGUAGCUACCUAUGAGAUAAUGGACAGUAUAAAUUUAGCAACACUCUUCCCACAAGAUCUCUUUCGGGAAAAGGAUAAUAUUCAACUUCGAGUUUUCAACUAUAUCCUUUAUGGAAAUGGUAAACCAACUCGAGGAAUUUCUGACACAAGUAUUCAAUUGGUUCGCACUUGUUUAGUCUUGAAUUGGGACCAAGACAACAAAAAUUCUUCCCUCGAGGAGGUCCGCGCUUUCGUUGUUGAAGUAAGUACAAAGGGUUUGAUUCGAGAUUUCAUAAGAAUUGGCUUAGUGAAAUCCCAUAUUUCGUAUAUAAGAAAAAGAAAUAAUCCGCCGGAUUCGGGAUUGAUCUCUGCAGAUUCCGUGAAUCCGUUUUAUUCGCUUUCUCCCAAGGCUGGCAUUCUUCAACAAUCGCUUAGACAAAAUCAUGGAACUAUUCGUAUGUUCAGAAAUAAGGAAUCCCAAUCUUUGUUAAUUUUAUCAUCCUCUAAUUGUUUUAGAAUCGGUCCAUUUAAUCAUGUAAAAUAUCACAAUGUUAUAAACCAAUCAAUAAAAAAAAAACCUCUAAUUACAAUUCAAAAUUCGUCGGGCCCCUUAGGAACAGCCAUUCAAAUUUCGAAUUUUUAUUCAUUUUUGCCUUUACUAACUUAUAAUCAGAUCUCUGUAAUUAAAUAUUUGCAACUUGAUAACUUCAAAUAUUUUUUCAAAUAAUUCACUCUUAUUUAAUAGAUGAAAACGGAAGAAUUUUUAAUCUAGAUCCAUACAGUAACCUUGUUUUGAAUCCAUUCAAAUUGAAUUGGUAUUUUCUUCAUCAAAAUUAUAAUAAUUAUUAUUGUGAGGAAACGUCCACAAUAAUAAGUCUUGGACAAUUUUUUUGUGAAAAUCUAUGUAUAGCCAAAAAAGAACCAUACCUAAAAUCGGGUCAAGUUUUAAUUGUUCAAAGGGAUUCUGUAGUAAUAAGAUCCGCUAAGCCCUAUUUGGCUACUCCGGGAGCAAAAGUUCACGGGCAUUAUAGAGAAAUUCUUUACGAAGGGGAUACAUUAGUUACAUUUAUAUAUGAAAAAUCGAGAUCCGGUGAUAUAACCCAAGGUCUUCCAAAAGUAGAACAGGUGUUAGAAGUCCGCUCGAUUGAUUCAAUAUCACUGAACUUAGAAAAGCGGAUUAAGGGUUGGAACAGGUGUAUAACAAGAAUUCUUGGAAUUCCUUGGGGAUUCUUGAUUGGUGCUGAGCUAACUAUAGUGCAAAGUCGUAUUUCUUUGGUUAAUAAGAUUCAAAAGGUUUAUCGAUCCCAGGGGGUGCAGAUUCAUAAUAGGCAUAUCGAAAUUAUUGUACGUCAAAUAACAUCAAAAGUUUUGGUUUCAGAAGAGGGAAUGUCUAAUGUUUUUUUACCUGGAGAAUUGAUUGGAUUGUUACGAGCAGAACGCACGGGGCGUGCUUUAGAAGAAGCAAUCUGUUAUCGAGCCGUUUUAUUAGGAAUAACUCGAGCAUCUUUGAAUACUCAAAGUUUUAUAUCCGAAGCAAGUUUUCAAGAAACUGCUAGAGUUUUAGCAAAAGCUGCUCUUCGGGGUCGUAUCGAUUGGUUGAAAGGCCUGAAAGAAAAUGUUGUUCUAGGGGGUGUGAUCCCCGCCGGGACCGGGUUCAACAAAGGAUUGGUGCAUUGUUCACGGCAACAUACCAAUAUUCUUUUUGAAAAAAAAAAAAGAAUUUAUCUUUAUUAGAGGGAGAUAUGAGAGAUAUUUUAUUUUAUCACAGGGAAUUUUGUGACUCUUCUAUUUACAAAUCUGCCUUUUCUAGAAUUGAAUAAUUCCUAAUAGCAGAUUCCUGUUUUGAAUUUCAUGUUUUAUUGUUUGCUGUAGUCAUUUGCUUUAAUAAUUUGUUAACACUAAUAAAGAUAAUAAUGAAUACAAAAUAAUGGCUCGGCUCGUGCAUAAACGGACAAGAGAAGGUUCCAUUGGAACAAAUUUUUAUUUUAGUUUUGGGUACCCCCCUUUUAAGUGUGAAAAGAAAUGACAAAAAGAUAUUGGAACAUCGAUUUGGAAGAGAUGAUGAGAGCAGGAGUUCAUUUUGGGCAUGGUACUAGGAAAUGGAAUCCUAGAAUGGCACCUUAUAUUUCUGCAAAGCGUAAAGGUAUUCAUAUUAUAAAUCUGACUAGAACUGCUCGUUUUUUAUCAGAAGCUUGUGAUUUAGUUUUUGAUGCAGCAAGUAGGGGAAAACAAUUCUUAAUUGUUGGGACAAAAAAUAAAGCAGCUGAUUUAGUGUCGCGGGCUGCAAUAAGGGCUCGGUGUCAUUAUGUUAAUAAAAAGUGGCUCGGCGGCAUGUUAACAAAUUGGUCUACUACAGAAAAAAGACUUCAUAAGUUUAGGGACUUGAGAACUGAACAAAAGACAGAGGGAUUCAACCGUCUUCCGAAAAGGGAUGCAGCUGUGUUGAAGAGACAAUUAUCUCGCUUGGAAACAUAUCUAGGCGGGAUUAAAUAUAUGACGGGAUUGCCUGAUAUUGUAAUCAUCAUCGAUCAGCAAGAAGAAUAUACGGCUCUUCGAGAAUGUAUAACUUUGGGAAUUCCAACCAUUUCUUUAAUCGAUACAAAUUGUAAUCCCGAUCUCGCGGAUAUUUCUAUUCCAGCAAAUGAUGACGCUAUAGCUUCAAUUCGAUUCAUUCUUAACAAAUUAGUAUUCGCAAUUUGUGAGGGUCGUUCUAGCUAUAUACAAAAUUCUUGAUUAAUAAUAAGAUAAAUAAAUCAAUUUUUUUUGAGGGAGGGGCUCCCUGUAUUUCGAUUUAUAAAAUCGGUUACUAUUCCUGAAUCAUACAAAAGAAAAAGAGAUAAAAAACUGGGUAUAUUGUGUGAUUCGUUUAGUUGGUAUCCAAAACUAAAAUAAAAAUUCAAGUAAAUAAGUAAAAAAAAAGGGGGGGUCUUGAAUCAAAAUAAUUUAAAGUUCUUAUUUCUGUCAGAGGGCAAUAUGAAUGUUUUAUCAUGUUCCAUCAAUACACUAAUAAAAGAAGGGUUAUAUGAGAUAUCUGGUGUAGAAGUAGGCCAACAUUUCUAUUGGCAAAUAGGGGGGUUCCAAGUCCAUGCGCAAGUCCUUAUUACUUCUUGGGUUGUAAUUGCUAUCUUAUUAGGUUCCGCAGCUCUAGCGGUUCGCAAUCCACAAACCAUUCCAACUGGCGGCCAAAACUUCUUUGAAUUUGUCCUUGAAUUCAUUCGAGAUGUGAGUCAAACCCAGAUUGGAGAAGAAUACGGUCCAUGGGUUCCCUUUAUUGGAACCCUGUUUUUAUUUAUUUUUGUUUCUAACUGGUCAGGAGCCCUUUUACCGUGGAAAAUUAUCCAGUUACCUCAAGGGGAGUUAGCAGCACCAACGAAUGAUAUAAAUACGACGGUUGCUUUAGCUUUACUCACAUCAGUAGCAUAUUUUUAUGCGGGUCUUAGCAAAAAAGGAUUAGGGUAUUUCAGUAAAUACAUUCAACCAACUCCAAUUCUUUUACCCAUUAACAUCUUAGAAGAUUUUACAAAACCCCUAUCACUGAGUUUUCGACUUUUCGGAAAUAUAUUAGCCGAUGAAUUAGUAGUUGUUGUUCUUGUUUCUUUAGUACCUUUAGUGGUUCCUAUACCUGUCAUGUUCCUUGGAUUAUUUACAAGCGGGAUUCAAGCUCUCAUUUUUGCCACUUUAGCUGCGGCUUAUAUAGGUGAAUCCAUGGAGGGUCAUCAUUAACUAUUUUUUUUUUUCAAAUUUAGGUUAGCCCAAUUAUCGAAUAGUUGGUUUACGUUAUGUAAGAAACACUUGUAUAUGUCAUAUUUGAUAUUGACUAGGUAUAUAUAAGUUAAAGAUCUAUAUAAUCUGCCCCACUAUUUUUGUGAAUUUCUAUUUAGAUAACGAUUCGAUUAUAAGUUCUUACUUUUUAUCUGUGAAUUGGCUGAAAAAAACGAUCAAAAAAAGAACGAAGAAUUAAAAGAAAAGAAUGGUUCACAAAAAAGAAACGGCAUAAAAAAGUCGUAUAUAUAUAUAUUAUGCAUUUUUCAAAAUCCCGUGGAUAGGAACUAAUAUCAAAGUAAUUCUUAUCAAGUUUUUGGUUAUUUUGGCUGGAUGAAUCUUAGCGAUGACUUAAUUAUAAUUAAGUCCUAAGUCGUUGGAUGAUUGUAUCAUUAACUAUUUCUUUAUUUUGGUGUGAGGAACUUAUCAUGAAUCCACUGGUUUCUGCUGCUUCGGUUAUUGCUGCUGGGUUGGCUGUUGGGCUUGCUUCUAUUGGACCUGGGGUUGGUCAAGGUACAGCUGCGGGUCAAGCUGUCGAAGGUAUCGCGAGACAACCUGAGGCAGAAGGAAAAAUACGAGGUACUUUAUUGCUUAGUUUGGCUUUUAUGGAAGCUUUAACAAUUUAUGGCCUAGUUGUAGCAUUAGCGCUUUUAUUUGCGAAUCCUUUUGUUUAAUCCUAGAAAUAAUAAAUUAGGAAUUUUUUUUUCGUAGUUUUUUUUAUUCUAUCAAGAUUUCACUCCUACAAUUAUUCAUUGAGACAACAACCCUUGGGAAGGACUAAUUUGAGGAUGGGGAAUUAACACAUCGAUUCGCUUUCUUCCUUCCCCUUAUUCUUUUUAGUUUAAUGGAAA